CGCGCGCGCAGAGUCAGCAGAACAGCCGAGCAGUAGUUAAAGGGGACCGUUUUGUCCCGAUGGUUCAGUCAAAACCGCUCGGUUCUGUUGGUUAAUCCGCAGCUGGACUUGUCCGAAGGCUCCCAUAGAGAAGCAGGUAAGAACCGAGAUCCUUCCCGGUCCCGAUCCAUUCCCCCGCCCGUCUCAUCAAAGGCAUGACGACGCGUCGGAAGUUGCAGAUUUUAUCUCUCCAUUACGUCCAAAGAUGGGCAAUGGUUCGAUGAAGUCGAAGCGUUACAAACCCACUGAAACCUCUGUUUCUGCCGCCAAUGGCCAAGCUCACAAAGAGCGAUGCAGCGCCCACAAAACAUCAUCGCUGGACUCCCUGAGGGCCCGAGUGGAUGAACUGGAGCGAGAAGGAAAGAGGAAGGAUGAGGAACUAUGUGCCAAAGAGCAACAGAUCAAAGGUCUUCAGGAGCAACUGGCCAAGCAGACCCGGGUUCUGUCUGAGCUCAGCGAGGAACUCCAGAACAAGUGCAUCCAGCUUAACAAGCUGCAGGACGUGCUGAAGAGCGGGGCCCCGACUGGUCUGCCUUCAAGGCCACCUUCUGUCAAAGCCAGUGGAAAGAGCAGCCCCAAUCUGAGUGUCCGCAUCAAGGAGACCAUGAACAGAAGAAAAGGAGCUAAAGCCGGAGUGUCGGCAGAACCCACGUCGAGCAGUCUACCAAAGUUCUCCUUUGAGAAGGCUAGAGUACCGAAAGAUGUGAGUGUAAAGAAGCUGCUGACAGAUGCCCUGAACAAGAACCAGUACCUGAGGAGGCUGGAACUGCAGCAGAUCAAAGACAUGGUGGAGUGCAUGUACGAGUGCACCUACCAGCAGGGAGAGUAUGUCAUCAAGCAGGGAGAACCUGGGAACCAUCUAUUUGUUCUAGCAGAUGGAAAGCUGGAGGUGUUUCAGCAGAACAAACUGCUUACAUCAAUAGCAGUGUGGACCACGUUUGGGGAGUUAGCCAUCCUGUACAACUGCACACGAACAGCAUCAGUCCGAGCUGUGAACAAAGUGAGGACGUGGGCUUUGGAUCGGGAAGCGUUCCAAAAUAUCAUGAGGAGGACGGCUGAGACACGACACGAGCAAUACCGCAACUUCCUCCGAAGUGUUUCACUCUUGGCUAAUCUACCCGAUGACAAGCUAAGCAAAAUAGUGGACUGCCUGGAGGUGGAGUACUAUGACAAAGGAGAAUAUGUCAUCCGGCAGGGAGAGGAGGGCAGUACCUUUUACAUCAUUGCUCAAGGAAAGGUGAAUGUGACCCAAAUCAACGAGGCCCACAAGUUGCCUCAGAUCAUCAACACGCUGCAGAAGGGGGACUACUUUGGAGAAAAAGCACUCAUAAGCGAUGAUGUCAGGUCAGCCAAUAUCAUCGCAGACGAGAACGGGGUGGAGUGCCUUGUAAUCGACAGAGAGACAUUUGAUCACACAGUGGGUAACUUCAAUGAGCUGCAGAAACACCUUGAAGGCUACGUGGCAACACUUGAUCGAGAUGAUAAGAAGAGAUAUACUAAGAAGUCUGUUUCCCGACACCAGAGUCAGCCGCUGUCUCCUGAUUUCGUCCAGCUGAAGGAAAUGGUGUCAGUAUUCUCUUCAUCCAGGCCCUUUGAUCACCUUGAAGUCAUUUCUACUCUGGGGGUUGGCGGGUUUGGACGCGUUGAACUGGUGAAGGUGAAGGGGGAGGACAUGACCUUUGCACUGAAGAUGAUCAAAAAGAAGCAUGUUGUGGAAAACAGGCAGGAAGAACACAUCCACUCCGAGAGGAGAAUCCUCGCCGAAGCUCGCUCCUCUUUUAUUGUCAAGCUGUAUCGCACUUUCAGGGAUAACAAAUACGUGUACAUGCUUCUAGAGGCCUGUUUAGGUGGAGAGAUUUGGAGUCUCCUCAGAGACAGGGGGAGCUUCGAUGAGCCCACUGCCAAAUUCUGUGUCGGUUGUGUGACCGAGGCGUUUGAGUAUCUUCAUCGUAAAGGUGUCCUCUACAGAGAUUUAAAGCCUGAGAAUCUAAUGCUUGACUCAGAGGGAUACAUCAAACUGGUUGACUUUGGUUUUGCAAAAAAGAUCAGAUCCGGCCAGAAGACCUGGACUUUCUGUGGCACCCCUGAGUAUGUGGCCCCUGAAAUCAUCCUCAACAAGGGCCACAACUUUAGUGUGGACUUCUGGGCCCUUGGUAUCCUGGUGUUUGAGCUUCUAACUGGCAGUCCUCCAUUCUCAGGAAGUGACCAGAUGAUGACAUAUACAUUCAUACUGAAAGGAAUAGAGAAGAUGGACUUUCCAAAGAAGAUCACCAGAAGACCUGAGGACCUCAUUCGAAAGCUGUGCAGGAGGAACCCUGCAGAGCGACUAGGGAACCUUAAAAAUGGAAUAACUGAUAUCAAGAAACACAGGUGGUUUAAUGGAUUCAACUGGGACGGGCUAAAGGCGAGGACGUUACAGUCCCCACUAAAGAGAGAUCUCAGCGGACCGACUGACCACACUUACUUCGACAAGUAUCCUCCAGAUGAGGACAGUCCUCCUGAUGAGCUUUCUGGUUGGGACAUGGACUUUUAAGGAUGUAUUUUUUGCGGCAACUUUUUUGUGUCUAAUGUUUCCUAAACCUGACUGGACCUCUGACAGAUUUAAGAGUGAUAUAUAUAAGCCUGACACUGUACUGGUGUUGUGUUUGUAAUUAAAAGAAAUACUCAUGUUUAAAGUAGUUUUAAGCUUCUCCACAAUAUGCUGCAGGUAUAUGGAGGACCAACUCUGCCAUAUUUAAAAAUAAAAAAAACAUUGCAUUUAGUAACAUUGUAUUUCCCCCAAAAUAAGAUAUUAAACUCAAAAUUAACAAAAAAAAAGGUUUUAAAAAGUUGUAGUGUAGAGUAAUUCAGCUUCAGGCCCCCAUAGUGCCACUAAUGUCUCAAUAAUUAAAUCAGUUUAUUUAGAUAAUGCCAAUUAGGUCCUUAUUUUUUUUUAGAUGUCGUCCUGGGCUCUUCAAAAAAAGUUGUUGAUGAGAAAUUUAGACUUUUUUGAUCAUUCAUGAAAUCAUGGGAUGAUUUGCCACUUUUUCACAUUUUCUCCUGUUAGAUGCCGACUCGCACUUUGAUUCACUGGAAUCCCAUUGCCUUUCCUAACUCCAUGUCAAUGGCUAAUUUUCUCAGUUGUAAAUAACUAUAGAUUUAGGAAUGAUGUGCUGCUUUGUGUUGUCAGAGAUCUUCCUUUGAAGCUCUUUAUUAGUUUUAUAUUCUACCCAAUAACAAGCUCUAGUGUGGAAAAGGGAAACUGAAGUAUGAAAUUAUAAUUUAACAUUUAUGACAAUGGUGAAGGUCGGUUUGGAUCGUUUAUUUUCUCUUAAUGAAAUCAACAUCUGAAAACUGUGUUUUUGUGUUUAUGCUGCCAUUAUAAAAGGUAUGAUGAUCUGAAAAGUAUAAUAGUUGCAAAAACGUUCAAACACUAGAAAUCUGUAAGAGGUACUUUAAAGCACCAAGAUGUGUGUGGAAAUGUUGCAGGUAACUGGUGAAAUUCCUCUGCAUCUUCAGAGAAGCCUAGCUGAAAAUCUGUGGUGGUAAAAAGCAUCAAGCGUUGAUUGUUUUAAAUGCAUUAUCCUCUCGACCAACAGGACUUAUAAACACUAGUGCUG